UGUUCAUCCACAGCCUAAGGAGAAGUACCUUGUCCGGUUGUGCAUGUCUCAGCAAUCCACCGCUGCCAAACCAUCGCUUCAGGGCGUAAAGAUCAAAGCUAGAAAGGGCGCCGUCAAAGCGCACGCAAAGCACGAACCUACUAUCUUCCGCGACCAGCUAUACAAACAGCUGGAAACCGUUACACCUGGUGACUUCGAUCAGUACACCACCAAGCUCGUUAACGCUGGAGCAUCUCUUGAAUAUCUGAAGUAUGCGGAUACCCUCUUCGAACUCCUCUUGGUUGGCAGACUGUUGCAACCAGGAGGAAAUUAUGUCGAAGAUGGGGCGCCGCCCUCUCCGUUCGCCAUUUUCAACGCCAAGGAACCCGUAGAGAUUGACGAUGUGAAGAACUACACUGAGGUGUUGAACAAACUUAUUCGCAGGUACAAAUACCUCCAGAGACCCCUUGAAGAGUCAUCUCUUCCAUCCCUACUACAAUACAUCAACAAAUGGGAGCCCGCCCAGCGUGAGAAGCUGGCGGUGGCUUGCGGUCUCCUCAUGGCUCAAGGCUUGGCCAGUCCCACCGGCUUGCAGAGUCUUUCGAAAGACCAUCUGCUCAAAGAUGACAUGGCGCUCACAUUCGUCACCGCCGUCUUCAAAGCGUACUUGCGGGAGCAGUCGAUCGAUCACCUCCUCACGACUCUGAAACGCGGCGGAGUUCGGGACAUCGUUGUCUUCUUCCCGAACAAUAAGCGUACCGCCGCCAAUGUGGAAGGUCAUUUUAAGUCGAAUGACCUUCCUCAGAUUGCAGAAUGGUAUUCCAAGCGGCAAACCGCUGCCGCCAAGGAGAACAUCACCCAAGGCUUGAAGGAAAUGCUUGAUAAUGAGGACCCUGCCUCGGAGAUAAUUGAAUUUAUCAAAAAAGCUCAGACGGAAUCGACGAUGCCCGAGGCAGAUUUCCUCCAGAUCGUCUGGCAUGGCCUCAUGUCAUCGGUUGAUUGGGGUGCCAAAACUGAAGUAAUCGACUCUACCGUGGCCAAGGAAGUUGCGAACUUCGCCCAGAUCCUUGAGCCUUUUUGUACCGCUCCUAGGACACAGGUUUCCCUGAUCAAUACCGUACAAGUGUACUGCUAUGAUGAUCCUAGAUUCAUGAAGUCAUUCCCUCAGAUUCUCAAAGUGUUGUACAAUAAAGAUUGUGUGUCCGAUCAGGCUGUCAUCUACUGGCACCAGAAGGGCUCAAAGCCGCAGGGGAGGCAGCACUUCUUGAAGGUCACUGAGUCACUUGUGAAGUUCCUCCAGGACCAGGAGAGCGAGGAGGAGGAAUAAAGAGCAACCGAUAGAGUGAGGCGUCCUAGCAGCUUGUUCCAUACCUGUGUCCUAG